AUGAAAAUUUUAUUUUCUCACCUUGCCUGGAAUUUUGCAAUCUUCCUGACCUGUCCACUUGAGGUGGCAUCCUUUGAUGUCGAGAGCCACGAGCAAAGUACAGCUGUGGCCCUAGGCAGUUUGAUGAAGACGCGAAGGGGGGGGGGGAAAGCAGGGGCUCCCACAUUUUGCGACAACCUCAUUAGCCCCGAUAGGGUCAUUUUCUCCAGCUUACACCGAAGACGAUGUGAAGGGUGCUUGAUUCGGCUCAGUCUCAAACUCGACUCGAGCCUAAAAACGCCGGACGAUUAUUCACUUAAGCCGGUAGGUUGGCAUGGCCGAACUCAUCGUGUCCGCCUGGCCGGGCUAGAGAAACCCUUCUGA